CAUUACAGUAGCUGUCGUUGAGGGACAAGCAUUCCGACUUAAUCCGCUCUGAACGUGUUUCGUUUGUUUUAGCUGAUUUCUUUUGAUCGCGUGAGGAGACAUCGGACCACUGACGGGUGUUUUUGUCUGAGGAGGUUUACGGAGCCUCCAGGCCGAUGGAGCGGCUGAGCAGCUGCCGGAGGGUCGGAAAUGUUGAUGUUUCUUGUGAAAUUGUGAAAACGCGCUCCUUACAGCUAUGUGGACAUUAAUCUUUCUCUACCUGGGAGCUCUGCACUGUACAGUCUCCUCCUCGCUCCCCAGCCCAAUCAAUGUGAAAUUCUCCUCGGUCAAUCUGAGGAAUGUGCUGCAAUGGUUCCCAGGAAGUGGCACACCGGAUGACACACACUUUAGAGUGGAGUAUGCCAUCUACGGGGACAGUGUUGAGGGCAGCAAAGGAAGAAAGGUGAACUGGAGGGAGGUGUGGCGGUGUAAAAAAAUAGUGCGGAGCUGGUGUGAUCUGAGCAAUGAGACGUGGGAUCUGGAGCAGGGAUACCAUUCCAGGGUUCGUGCUGUGACCCGGGGAGCAUUCUCCACGUGGGCCUGGCCACGGAAGAGAUUCGAUCCAAAGACGGACACUAGUUUUGGCCCUCCACUGGUUUCUGUAGAAAUAGAGGACAGCAACGCCAUCAUCACUCUGAAGGGACCAAUGAGAUAUCAGUUUAACAACCACACCCCAGUGAUGUCCAUGGCAACACUAUACCCGCAGAUGACUUACAACCUCUCCAUUGAAAACAACCAUCGUGGCACAACACUCCAUGUCCCAGUGGUCUCCAGUUCGUACAAAUAUCCACUGAUGGACUACAAUACAGAGUACUGCUUCUCUGCCACGACAAGAUUCCUGUUCAUGCCGGCCCAAAGCCAGUCUUCAGCAUGGCACUGCAUAACCACGCCUCAAGACCCUGUGAUUGGCCAGCUGCAGAGCGUGGUUGUGGGUAUUGUAGUUCCAUCUGUGUGCUUGUGUAUGGUGGUGGUGGUUGGCUACCAUCUCUAUUGCUACCUGACGGGGAAAGGACAGAAGAGCCCAUAUAUACUGGACCCGCCUGCUUUUCAUCCGCCCAUUCUGACGUUCCCCCCGGAACGUCCCAACCUCAUCGUCAUCACCAUCAUCAAAGAGAUACAACGAGAAAGCGACAUUUCAGACCCAGCUUGCCCAAAGUUCCCGCGACAUGUCGCACAUUGCACAACAGGCUACACUUCCCAGAGGCACCAAAUACUGCCGGAGCCCGAUGAACCCUGGGAUGAUUCGUCAGUCGACUAUGGGUUUAUUGGCGUUGCUCCUAAAAUCGCUACCAGAGGAGAAGAUGGGAAUAAUCUGAAAGGUGACGACCAGAAAUGCGCAGCCAGAGUCAGUUACGAGAAACGGGAGUGGAGGGUUGAGGACGGCCACUCUGCUGGACACACACGGACAGAGACGAGCACACUUACACAAGCGCAUGCAGGGCUGCUGACGCAAACUCAGGCACCAUUACUGUCUAUGCAGGGAGCAACUAUGCGAGAGGUGGAUGGAGAGGAGGAGGAUAGAGAGUUUCCUGGUUUAUUUAUAAGCACAACUGGCCUCUUCCGAAUUCCGUUAAAUCUACCAACAAAGGGGGGAGGAAUGAGGAAAGAGAUGGAUGGAGAGGUGAGAGUAAGAAGAGAUGGAGAUGAUGAGGCGGUACCCCUUCUUUCUGCUUAUGCCUCUCAGAACACCACAGACAUGCAUACCUCCCACUCUGACCAGUCCGAUUUCUUACCAGAUGACUAUGGUGUUCUGAGACUGGCUUCUGCACACAAAAUAGACGUUGAUGAUGAUGGUGAUGACGAUAAGGGGGAGGCAAAUAUUUCUAUUGAUUGGAAUCCCGAGACCGGGAGCCUAGUGUUGCCGCAGAUGGAUGGGAUGAUGCAGCGAGAGAAAGGGGAAGGGGAAGAGGAGGAGGUUGAUUUGAGGUUGGAAAAUGUGUUUGUAAGACAAGGGUCUGAGGAAAAUGCAGAGGCACAGAGGGAGAUGGAGGGAGGUGAUGACUUUUCGACCAGAUGGAACUUGGUAAUCUCGAUGGACGAGUAGAUGAUAUUCAUCAAUAGAUUUACCCUAUUACUGCAAAAAAAGCUCUUCUUCUGCACUUAUAAAUACACUUAAAUUGUUUGGUUUCAUUUAGAAUACAUGUAAAAUUAUCAGGAGCACUUAGUACUGUAGUCAGGUUACUUUAACACCUGUGAAUGUUUAAGCUUUAUUAUCAUAACUUUAUCGGAUUAACAAAUCACACUAAUCAAUGUCACACUGUGAACAACUCUGAAGGAAAUGAUCUGUGUUCACCUACACGUUAAGCAAAACGUAGCUCACUAAUCAAUUAAUUUCUUAGGGGUAACCGUCAUCCAAAGUAUUCUUCUUGAUGUGUUUUUUGUAGACAGAUUGCAAAAUCUUUGUGAGUUCAAGUGAUUUAGUGGUAGUACGAAAGAUGCGACAAAGAAAUAUUACUCUGGCGUUUACUUGUAACCACAGUUUACUACAGAUACUCCGUGAAGUUGUCGGUAGUUUCAGGUUUCAGGUCCGUUCCAGUUUUAGUCUGAGGAUCAUAAUGUAAUUAUUUCCUCAUUGUGUCCGCCUGUGAUUACAGCAUUCCUUUUAAUACAAAUCCAUCACUGCUGACUAUGUCAUAUGAAGGAAAUACUGAUGUUCAGAUGGAAGAUACUGUACAUCUAUCAUUGUGAUUAAUGUGUUCAUAUGUGAAGUCAAAACUACAGCACUUAACUCUUUAUUCUUUUAAUACUCAGAGUAGAGAUUUUAUAAAUAAUGAAGCUGACUGACUACAGUAUGUGUUAAUGUUAUUUGUGCCUUUGAACACAAAAAAAUGGCAACAUUCAUUUUCUAUCAACAUUUUUUUUUUCAACCAAACACUGUCUGCAGUUCAACAUUACCGAGGUGUUCAGAAGCUUGGCAGUUUUUUUUUUUUACGCUGUAACAUCUACAAGUUAUGCAACUGGUUCGUCUGCUUUUCAUUAACACAAGCGUACAAUAUAGAUGAUUAAAGCACAGUUCACUUGCACUUUGUUUGUUAUUCAAAAGAAAGCUGCAUGAAUGAUGUUUCAUUAUGUAAUAAUGGAAGAAAGCAUUACACUCUUUUGUCGGUGUUGUUCCUCUUUCUAAUUCCUUUUGAUUGCCAUGCAGCCCACAUUAAGUUAUACCUCAACGUUAUAUGAAGGACAUUUUCACUUUGACUGUCUUAACUCAGCAGUUACCAACAUUGUGCUUUCUCACUGUCUCUUUUGGGGAAAUAUUUGGCAAUGAAACUCUGUAAAAUCUCUUCCUGUUCACUGGUAAUCUGCAUGAAUCGAAAACUACGGUAUGAGGAAAUUAUAAAACUCUACAGGUACUUUUAGGUUCUUGUAUUUACACAACUGUUAUCUGCAAAGCAGUGAUGAGUUUGAUGCUGUGCAUGAAGUCGUAUCUUGAUUAAAUGUUUUUACUCUGGGGAAGAAGUCAGUAAUAUGUUUUUCAAAGUUUUGUAUGUUUAAAGACUACAACAUUAUUGUAUACUCAAUGAAAUGAUAAUAAAUUGAACUUGUUCACUA